AUAGUAAAUAUCGUCGCCCAGAUGUUAAAACCUCGUAACUCAAAAUAUAUCUAUUUUGAGAUAUUAUGUGGUUUACCGUGACUAGAAAUCCAUAUUUCAUCGAUUUUAAAACCAAGUAACUCCAUUAGUUAAUAAAGAUCAUGCGCUGUCCUAAAUUUAAAUUCCUCGUAUCUCGCGAAAGGAAAAAUUGAGGUGUCAAAACUUCGUAUCUUCUUUUGUUUUCAUGUAAACACGUGUGUUGGUUUACGCGGCGUUUAAAUGAUUUAUUUUUAUGUGUUUUGAUUAAAAAUAUUGUUAAUUAAGAUGUCUUCAAGAAAUGAACAAAUGAGACAGUUGAGUUUAAAGGGAAAGGUUAUGCAUAAAUCUGGUAUCGGUACUCUUGAUGCCAAAAUUUUUGAUUAUUCGAAAAUGGAGGAUAAUAGCUUUAUCGAACCUAAUACACAAAUUCUAAAUUUGACCGUACAAUCAGAAGAAUUAUCGAAGCCUAGCUCAUCAUAUAAUAGUCUAGUACUUUUACCUUCUGAAAAUGAAAAUUUCUCGACUAAUGGUUGUUAUACUGAGCUUACGCCGGUACCUAAUGUUAUUAUUGAGGAUUUAACAGUAAUACCAGAAAAUCCAUUAUUAAAAGGUACUGAAGAAAUGCUUGUAAUAUCCUCUGAUAAAUUAAACUCUAAUCAGGAAAAUGCAUUCAGUGAUUCAGGAUCUAGUUUUCGACCAUCAAAUACUGACGGGCAAUCGGAUGCAUCCUCAGAUGACUUACCAUUGGCAAGCCUAAUCAAUGGUAAACCACCGAAUAAGUGUGAUCCUUUAAAGCCCGGUGCUAAAAGGGCGAAGAAAGGAGCCGCCGAUCCACUUACAUGGCAAGUAAAUAAAACUAAGCAUCAACACAUGAAGGGCAAAAAAUACGUAACUUAUAAUAAAGAAAAAGAUGGUGGCAAGAGCAGAGUUGAACGGAAAUCGCGACAGUUGGGAAAAAGAUGUGAAUCAAAAAAAUGUCAAAAAUCUAAAACAAAAAGGCAGUGUGAUUUAAUAGGCGAAGAAGAAAUUCAGGAGUUAUUUCGACGUUUUUGGGCCGACAUUGACUGGAAACAACGUAAAACUUAUGUUAAUGUAAUUGUAACUCAAUGUAAAAUAAAGCAAAAGACUACUAAAAAUAAAACUAGAAGGCAAACAACGUUUUUUUAUCACUUGAAAAUUGAAGAAAAGUUGCUUCCAGUCUGCAAGAAACUAUUCUUGUCUACUUUAGAGCUGGGUGAGUGGAGCGUCAUUAACUGGAUAAAAAAUAGUAAUGCUGGAAUACCAAAUAUUACUGAAAAAUAUUCCAAGAAAAUUAAACUGGCUAAUGAGGAAAAACGUGAAGAAAUUCGGAACUUCUUUGAAAAACUUCUUAAACUGCCCUCUCAUUAUUGGAGGGCUUCCACGAGCAAAUUAUACCUGGAGCCAAUGUUUCGAUCGUACUUUGAAGUUUAUGAAGUUUACAAGAAAGAGGUUGAAAAUCCUAGUGGCAAAGAUGUUUUUGUGGCGGAAAUGAAGAAACUAAACAUUGAUAUCUUUCAACCACGAAAAGAUCAAUGCGAUCUUUGUUUUUCACACAAUUUGGGUCAUGUCGAUGACGAUACCUAUAAUAAACACACAGAAGAAAAAAAUAAGGCAAGAAAAGAGAAGGAAAAAGAUAAAGAGGAUGUUAUUAUUCAAAAGUCUGUUACUGUAUUUACGGUCGAUGUGCAAGCUGUACAGCUUGUGCCACAAUUGCAGGCAAGCAUGCUUUAUUUUAAACAAAACUUAGCAUGUCACAAUUUUACAAUUUAUAACGUGGUCACAAAGGCUGUAAUUUGUUACGUCUGGCAUGAGGGCCAGGGUGGCAUGGAAAGCAACUGUUUUGCUACAUGCUUAAUUGAUUUUUUAGAUAAUGAAUUAUUUAAGGAAGCAAAAAAUAAACCUAUAAUAUUUUAUAGCGACGGCUGUGCGGCACGAGACAGGUAUGCUUUGCUUUCGAAUGUACUGCUCGAUUAUUCUAUUCAUACAAAUACGGAGAUUAUGCAAAAAUAUCUGGUUAAAGGACACUCACAAAUGGAGUGCGAUAGUGUACACUCAAGCAUUGAAGCCAGAAAAAAAAAGCGAAACAUCUAUUCCCCAUCCAAUUAUGUGCAGAUUAUUGAAGAUUCAAGACGACAUUCAAAAUCAGGACCAUACAAAGUAAAAUACGUUGAUCAUACAUUUUUCUUAAACUUCUCUGAUCUAAAAUAUUUUAACUCGAUACGUCCUGGGAAAAGAACUGGUGACCCUUGUGUUACAGAUAUUAGAGCACUAAGAUACACAAAGUCUGAUGGCAUUCAGUAUAAGUUAGAUUUUGAAGAUAAGUGGAUUCCACUUCCUUUACGAAAAAUGCUGUUAAAUGAUAAUAAAGCUCACAAGAAUUUAUAUAAUAAUUCCCUGCCAAUUUCUCGCGAUAAGUAUAAUAACUUACAAACACUUAAAUCUGUAAUUCGUAGCGAUUAUCACUAUUUUUAUAAUUCAUUGAGUUUUUUUACGUUAUUUAGCAAUAACUAAAGUUAGUUUGCUUUGGGCUAGUUUGGUUUAAGUUAAAAAAGCUUAUUUUUGUUGUAUAAUUUUUUUUGCAAGCAAAGCAAAUUAUUUUGCUUUUAAGAAUAUCAAUCCCAUUAUUUAAAUAAUGUAGA